AUGAUAAAACUCGUAUCAAAUCAGUAUCAGGCGCAUGGUAGAGUCUGCGCCUGCGCAACUUGCGUGGUGCUGGAAUCGAGCGGCGAGGUGAUCCCUCAGGUGCGCCCCCCGACUCCGCCCCCUUGUUUAUUGCUUAUUAGCGGGCAUUGCGGCGGCACGUUUGAACUGCCGCUCUUUGUUCUCGCCGACAACACUCCCCCCUCUCGUCCCGCCCGAAGCAGGCUCGCUCGAGGCCGGUCACGAUGCCUGCGCAGCUCCGACAAUGGUUGUGCGCGCGAUGAGGCAGAUAGUGGCUGGGCGCGGCGCUCGCUAAUGGGUACGAUAACAUCUCGCGACCACGCCUCGGACGAGACUUGUAGAGAUUACACCGAUGCUGCAACAAAUGCGACCCUGGUCAUAAACAUUAAUAUCUGUUAA